AUGGACACUCCUAGCCGCGUCGUUUUUAAAGGAACUAAGCGAUCCUGUCCCUCGAGUUCACCGUCAUACCCAGCUUCGAGUCUACCCUGUUUGGAAGAUGCUAUGAGGGAGGUCAAUACUUCCACCAUGGUUCCCGACUGUGUCAAGAAUGCGUUCAACUCUGUGAUCCAUGAGCUCAUUGAUAUUAGACAAGAGCGUGACAAGCUCAGACAAGAAAAUCUACUUUUGCGUCAAAAGCUAGAGCAUUCAAAUACUUCCUCGCCUAUCACUAAUCCCGAUUGUGUCGAAUCUGAGCGGCUCCGCUCACUGGUCAUAGCAGGUGUUCCAGAGCUCGAUGACUCUCUUAUCAGAAAUAGGUUGUUUUACGAUUAUAACAUUUUCUAUACGAACAUAAGAUCGUUUCCUAAAAACUGCAUUUCUCUUGACCUGGUCGCCGGAGGUAGGUACGAUUUAUAUCUCUUUACCGAAACUUGGCUCAAAAAACAUCACUCAUUUUCCUCUAUGCUUAAUGACUGGAUUGGUGACUAUUCUAUCUUGCGCUGUGAUAGAAGCCGUAGAGCCGGGGGUGGAGUGGCAAUUUUGCUAAGGAAAACUAUAAAUCAUUCAGUUAUCUUUUCUGAGUCAAUUCCACUAGGUUACGAAAUUCUUGUUACGGACAUCGCCACCCCUGAAUUUCGCUUUCGGAUUAUAUUAGCAUACAGACCACCGUCGACCUCAUCCACUAUUACUGAACAGUUAGCCAAGGCUAUCAGCGAUCUAGCGGCUACAGCAAUCCCGAAAUUAAAUGGGAUCGGUGGAAUGAUAUUGAAGAAUCAUAUCACCCGCUUGCCGAAACUUUUGUUUUGCGAUGCCGUUUCAAUGCCAAUUUAUCGUCGAAUCCCACCAGGGAAUAAUUAUUUAUGGACCUAUUUUCAUGCAAAUGAUCAUGAACUUGUUAAGAAUGUUUCUGUGAGAUCUCCUAUUGGUGACAGCGACCAUUUUAGCAUUUGCUUCGAGAUUUCGGUAUGCGUCCCACACCGUUCUAUUCAUAUUUUUGCAAGCAGGCCUAUUACUCUAAGCUGUGAUUACCGGCUGUUGCCAAAUUUUACCUUUUAUGCUAUCUAUUGCCCGAUCGAAUCUUUCGAAUCGCGCGGCUUCCAUCAGUACAGUGGCACGAAAAAAUACAAUAUGUUCCUGUCAAUCCUCAAUCAUUCUAUUGACAUUUUUGUUCCUUGGGUCUAUGUCUAUCCGACCAAGCCGAAUCUACCUUAUUAUCUACAGAAUAUGCUAGAUCAUAAAGAAUGUCUCUUACGGUACGCCAAGCUUAGUGGUGACUGGAAUGAGUUCAACACAUUUUCUAAGAAGUUUACAGAACGCUCUAAGAACGCACAACGCUUUUACAAAUUCAUGAGGUCUAGACUCCGUAAAGAGUCACAAUUUUCGGAUUUGAAGUACGAGGGUGAAUUACUCUUGAAUGACGAUGAUAAGGCAAAUGCUUUCGCGAAAGAGUUCAGUAAGACCUUUCAACAGGAUGACAGUCAACUUCCAUCCUACUCUCACACUGUUCCAAGCACAAUGCAAACCUUCCCCCAUUUCGACCCUAGAGAUAUCUACAACCUUUUGAUGAGGUGGCCGUGCUCAUUCUCUAUCACCCCUGACCAUAUUCCUUUCGUAUUUAUCAGGAAAAUCGCUCACGCUAUCUCCUUCCCUCUGGCUUACAUAUUUAAUCAGUCUAUC